AUGGAAAGUGAGGGUAAUUCAUCUUCUUCAAACAAUCAUUCUGCACGUAAUCAGACUGAAAUUCCUUCAUCAUCAGCAUAUGCUCAAGCCAGCAAUAUCGUUCCUUCAUUAAGUACCAAGAAGCACGCUGAAUGCAAGUGUUAUGGGAGUGCAACUGAUGAGGAUUCUGACUCAACUGAUGAUGGAGUGGAGUAUAUAAUCGAUGAAAUAAACACAAGUGAGAUGGAUUCAGAUGCAGCAAAAGAGAAAUCCAGGAUGGAAAGGUAUCAUGAAAGGAAGUUGAGAAGGAAAUUUGAUUUUGAGUUGGCCAAUCCAAAGAUAUAUGCACGCACCAUGCAAGAAGGGGAAUGCAACAGAAGCAAGGAGGAGACUCUGGAGAGAGAUUCCGAUGAGGAGGAUGAGGAACGUGAUAGUGAAGAUGAUGAAGAUGUUUCGUCUUCCAGCAAUACUUCUCCUGCCUCCUCUGAAAGUGCUGAUUAG